AUGGAUACUGACGAGAUCCUGGAAGAAAUAGGAAGUUAUGGACUCUUUCAAAAGCGAAAUUCUUUACUUCUUGGCCUUAUAAUUUUCGUACUGACCUUCCAAACGGUUUCUAUGGUGUUUAUCGGGGGUGAGCCAAGAUGGCGGUGCAAAGGAAACAGCUCUAUAUGUACACGAAACGAGACGUUCAGUUCAUACGACGGCUUUUACAAAGCCAGAUGCAAUAUGAGUUCUGACGACUGGGAAUUUACCACCGAGUUCACAUCUAUCAUCACUGAGGUUGGCCUGUUAUUUUUCUCGAAGUUUGGACAGAUGUUUCGAGGUUAAACUUCCUGUGCAAAGUCUGACCAGGAUUGUAAACAAUGACCUGUGGAGUCUAGUCUAGGGUCGGAUGAAUUACGGUUGAAAAUCUGAGCAUUAUGCCUUGGAGCGUCACCCCUGAAAACAUCGCAUGUUACUGAAAAUUAUGCUCAAAUUUUUAAUAAUGCUUAAUUUGAUAAAAACAGUUUCGAAGAUUUGCUCAAUCUCCCUUCUCCCUUUCCUACGGCCCAACAGGUGAACAUUAUAAGAUUGAGAGGCUUCAAGUUCAGAACAAAACAUUUUACGGAAUCAAAUUCCAUGGAGAAAACCAUGCUCACUGAUGACGUUACUCAGGCUCCAUAAUUUAUCUCUUGUCUAACUGUAACAAGUUUAAUCAAAAUGCCAGCAUCAUGCUUGCCAAUCUGAUUAUUACAUUCUGCCAAAAAUUAUGCUGGCGUAAUUUAUCUGACCCUGGGUCUUAUCUGACCCUAAGGCGAGGUUCCUAAAAGGGGGGAGAGGAGACUGGGGUGUUUUACUGGAAAUUAAGUUGGAGGAACGGUAUGACUUGCUUCUCAGACUACUCCCCUGGGCCUUUUAGAUAGUUGAAGAAGCUGUCUGGAAUUCUGCAUCAUAGGUGGAGGGGUAUUUUUCACCCUUUGAGCCCCAAGAUCUCAGUAGCAGGUUUAUCUAUUGUCCAACAUACAUUUUUCACAAUGUUAGUCCAAAAAAAUUUGGUUUUGUAAGGAGAAAUUAUUUCUUUGUCAGUCAUUGGAGUGAAAAGGUUAACCCCUUUAACUGCCAUGAGUGACUAAGAAUUUCUCCUUACAAUAUCAGUACAAUAUCAACCAGCUAAGUGAUAGGAAUAAAGAAGAAUAUCAAAUUGGGGAUAAUUAGUUGAUCUAAUAUUAAAUUAUUGGAACUAAAAUUAUAAGGAUUGUAUAGUUGACAGUGAGGAGAACAACAAAUUUGAUCUGGGAGUCAUAGGGUUAAUCAGUAAGCUUUUUAUGUUUCACCUUCGUGGUAUACAUGUUACCUUUUCCAUAAAGGAUGAACAUGAAAUGGCUUGCUGAACUGUAAACACUUUAUGAUAAGGGUAUGUGCAGCAUGCAAGCAGACAGCUAGCCAAAUGUUCAGAUAGUCUUUAACCCUCUGUGGCUAUGAAUAUUCCUCAAACACAUCAUCAUUUUGUUCUCAUUUUUUUCUUUUUACUCAAGUGGAACCUUAUUUGUGGUGCAGAAUAUUAUGCAAGCCUGUCACAAUCCAUACUGUUCAUUUGGUGGAUUCCAGGAGCAUUUAUUAUUGGAAGACUGUCAGACAAGUUCGGUAGAAAACAAGUCCUUUUUCCUGCUGUUUUUUUUGUUGCUGUGUCUUCACUAGCAAGCUCCUUUGUUCCUGUGCUAUGGUGAGUAGAGAGUAAAACAUAAGGGUCUGUAGAUAUGGGAUUUCUCUUUGAGUGUUGAACUUGAUAUUUCAUGAGUGAUUACAGCAAAUGCAUGAGAUAUUGAAUUGAAUACAGGAGGUGAAGUUCCACAUCAAUAAGCAACCAUGUAUUAUUUUGUGUCUUAUAUAAAUGUAAACACCAUUGGCUUUUUCUGACAAGAAAAUUAGACAAAUAACCUUGGAUUGAGAAUGGUGAGUGCUUUGCCAUUCAUUCAUUUAUCUGAUGGAGUGGGGCAAAAGGCAGGCAAUGUGUAAUUAAUUAUUGUAAUUAAUUAUUGUAAUUAGAUUAUUGUAAUUUGACAUUUUUCCUGGGACUGGAAAUCCUUGUAAAAUAACAUGUUUUAUUUAAUGAAUAAUAUAAAUGUCAAACGGCAGUAGAUUUAAGAAUCAUAUGUUAGCAUUAUGCACAUCAUGCAUCAAGUAUUGGAUCUACCAAGGGUGUUGCUAGGGGAGGUUGUGGGGUGCCCAUGACUCCCCCCCCCUCAACCCAAAACACAUCAUGGAGGUCAAUAAGAUAAUCUGGUAAGUACCCUCUGUAUGACAUAGUGUGACCACCCUUUGAUAAAUCCUGUCUAAGCCCCUGUCUACUUGACCUAGCUCUGAUUGGCCACACAAGUUUAAUCAUUACUUGAAUGAAAUUGUUGCAAUAUUUGCAAUAUUUAUUUUACUUCCCAUAUGACAUUUUUCUCAGGCUGUUUUUGACUCUAAGAGGAAUAACAGGGUUCUUUCAAGGAGGUGUUUAUAUAACCCUUUAUGUGCUUACAACAGAGUUUGUUGGACCAAAACACCGAAGUUUAGCUGGGACAGUGGUUUGGAUUUUCUACACUUCUUCACUUAUGAUCCUGAGUGGAUUGGCAUAUGGAAUACGUGAAUGGAGAACUUUGUCAAUUGUUAUAUCUGCCCCAGCAUUUUUACUUUUGAUAUUUUGGAGGUGAGGAAAAACAAAUCAUGAGGUAGAGAUAAAACUAUCACAUGGAAAUAAGUCAAUGAAAAUUACCUUGAAUGAUAUCUUUGAGAACUGCAAGAAUAACAUUCUUUGUGGGUCAUGGAAAACAACAUAGAUGUCAUAAAAAAGCUUGUGGAAAAUGUGAACCUAGAAUUUUUUUUUGGAAUGUUUUAUCUUAAAGGUGGGUACCUGAAUCAUGUCGAUGGCUGAUAGUUCACAACCGAGUAGGUGAAGCAAGGAAGGUGUUUUCAUUGAUUGCUACCAUAAAUAAAAAACAGCUUCCCACUGAGACACUUGCACUUGCAGAGAAUAAUCACAAUGCUGUAGAAGAAGGUGGAUUUUUGGAUUUGGUUCAUACCAGGAUCCAGCUUAUACAGACUGUUAUUCUUUGGUUUGCGUGGUAAGCAUUUUUGAUAUUUACAAUUAAAAAAAAUAGUAACAAAAUAUAAUUCAAGUUACUUUUAAACCCCUGAUUUCUUCCCCCCCCCCUCUUGGCUGCUUCAAUGACAUAUCAUUCAAAUGUCAUUCUUUCUUAAUUACAAUUAGUAAUGCUUCCAGGACAAUCCCCCCCCCCCCUGAAAAAUAAAAUAAGCAAGGCUCAUUGCUGCUUUCAGUAUGUGUGAUGCCUGUGGUAGAUCAUGAUUGUUUUAGAAAUUUGCUUGAGUGUUGUGUUUGUGAGAUGCGGAGAUUAGCCAUGGGCUCAUGAGCCAUGUGCUGGUGCUUCUCUUUGAACUUAAGCCCUGUUGGUGGGGGGUGCUUAUUGGAUGGGUGAUCACAAAUAAUAUCCCCUGUUCCUGAGUUCUUUCUUGUAAGUGCUCUUCCUUUUCUCUCUGCAAUAAAAGAAAUUUUUGGGUAACUUCUUCACCAAAGCGGUGAUGUUUGGUAAAAAGUUAACUUUGGAACUUGCUAUCAUGACAUGAUGCAGUGCCUGGAAAACUGAGUCCUUGGAGAAUGAAGACUUUUUUUUUUCAUGGAGCAAAACUCAUAAAACUGAAUCCUAAUGAUGUACUAGUGAUGUCUGGUUUAGCCAUACUUGACUAGCUUGUACUUACAAUUGCUGAGCCAGUCAACUUUCUGGAACAGCAUUGUUCAAUUAUCAUCAGUUAUAUAUGAUAGCAAUUUUUUCCUUUAAAUACAAUUAUAUUAAAUUUCAAAACCAGUUUUCUAAAAACUUGUAGGAAAAUGUUUAUCUUUCAGGCGUUUGAGACAAGAUAUUAAUUUAAUGUUUUAAACAAUUCUUAGGUUUACUAAUUCCAUGGUUUACUAUGGAGUACUUUUGAGUGUUGGAGUGCUAGGUGGAAACCUUUAUUUGAAUUUUUUCCUCACAAGUGCUAUUGAUAUUCCCAGCAACUUUUUCGUUAUCUGGUUCAUGAGUUGGUAAGUGUCUGUUAAUUAUUAGGGGGAUAGGGUUGGGUGUGGGGGGGGGAGGAGGGGGGAGGAGGGGGGGAGAAAUUGGCCAUACAGAUAUUGAAAAAUUUCUUGUGUCAUCUUCAAGGGUGGGGUGUGGCUGUUUAUAAGUGAGGUUGUGCAGACCUGAUGAGCAGUUCCUAAUUUUACCUAAUGUAAUUUGUUGUGCAAGUCAAUAGGAAUCAGCAGAACAAAAAAUAUCUUGGUGUAGCUAAAACUGUUCAUGGUCUGCAGUGAAUGUUAAUCAAGGACUUAUUCUGAAAUUGGUAUUUGAGGCAAACAUGAAGGAAAGAAUGUAAAUUGUAGAUGUUUCAGUUAGCCAGUAAAUUGAUAGACAAUCAUUCAGCCAGUCAGUCGGUCAGUUUUAAGGUGGAGUGGUGGUUCCUUGGGUGAGUAUGUCACUGUGCCCUUCAUUUAGUUGGUUUAUCAAUCAGUCAGUCAGUCUGUUAGUGCAUCAAUCAUCUUUCAGUCAGUUGAUUGCUAUGUCAGUCAGUCUGUCAGUCAAUCAAUCAAUCUGAGUCAAUCAGUCAGUCAAUCAGUUGGUUAGUAAUCCAUCUUACCACUCAUUCUGCUGGUCAUGUCAAUUUGUAAGUCAAUUAAGGAUGAACGUAAUCACUCAAUCAGUACAUCAGUGUCAAAAGAUUGGUUAGUGCAGUGUUGGUGGUUAGUGUGUUAAAUAGUGGUUGUGUGUGUUGGCAGGAAAUAAAAGAUUUAUUUAAUGAGCCACCUAGGCCAUCUCAGUUAGUAUAAAACACAACCUGCUAUAAAGUGAUGUUUGAGGUAUAUUGAUUUGGGUUUUUAUUAUUCCAGGGGAAAAGGAAUUUUGUGUAAAAGUUUUUAUGGUAGAAAGAGAGCUUUAAUCCUUUGUAUGAACCUGGCAGCAGUGUUCUGUAUCACUGUUUCUCUAAUUCCUCCAGAAUCUGAUUCAGGUGAGGGAAUUGUAGAAUUACUUUGUAAACCUACUCAUUUACUUACAAAGUGCAACUACUGUUAAAUUGGGCUGAUUUAAAGUGACCAAAUCAUUUACUGAAAACGUGCAGUAAAUUUCAUCGGAGUUUUUAGUCACCUUUGCCUGCUUUGGUCUGAAGUUCUGAUUGGUUAAUUUGAAUUUUAUUGUGCGUUAUUCGUGCGAUGUGAUGGUUGAAUUUUUUAAGAGACCCUGGCUGUAACACUCUUAGGCGUUUUGAAUUUGCCUUCAAGUUAGGUGUGGUUAAUAUUUUUAUAUUUGUCAUUCAAAAUUUCGUACUUUGUUGAAACGUUUUUUUUGUGGUCAAGUUAUUGCAUAGGCAAGGUUACCAAAUGAUUAAUUGAUAUCUCAAUUUCAUUGGUUCAUUAAACGCUCCACACUUUGCCACUCGAUUUGAUUCAUUCUCUUGAUAAUUCGUUUCUCUAUUUUAGUAUGUUGUAACUUUAAGUUAUGUUGAAUAUACUUCCAUGAUGACUUCAUGAUAAAGUGUUCUGCCUCUUUUAGGUAGCACAGCUGCACGUGUCAUUUUCACAGUCCUUGGAAAGUUCUGCAUCAAUGCGUCAUUCAGCACAAUUUACGUUUUCUCCUCAGAGCUCCUUCCCACAGUCAUCAGGUUUAGUUUGCUGGAAUUAUUUUAAAUUUAUUCUUCAGAGAGUGGGAGAGAGUUGAAUUGCAAAACAUAAAAUAUUUAAAAUCAAACCUCUCCUAGCUUAUACUGCUGUCGUUCUUAAGCGGACAGCUCUCAGUUAUUGCUACUAAGUCAAGAAAAGGAACAAAGUGAUUAAGGAUUUGAUGAAAAUCACCUCUUUUAUUUUUAUAUGUAAUAGACGCGGUGAACUCCGGGUCUAUAGGUCUGGGUUUAAGACUUGGUUGGGUUCAUGUGAUGAGUUCCUGGGCGAAACACAUUACUCUUACAGUACCGGCGAACCUCCAUGCCGGGGGAGUAGUUAUACUCCCAGUCGCUUCAUGCUACAGAGACCACGAUAAGUGCAGUUGAAUGGACCACUAGGGUCUGCUGAAAACUUAAAUUCUUUUACUUUGUUCUCACAAGGAAUUUAGGAAUGGGAAGUAUGGCUGCAUUUGAUCAGGCUGGUGCUAGCAUUGCUCCAUUUGUGGUUUUACUGGUGAGUAUAACUUCAAUCUGCCGGGCUUUAGAUGGCAAACAAAGACUAAUCACGCCUACUCACUUGCGUUUUCCUUCGAACAAUUUCUUUUGGUCUGAUAGGUUUUUGUGAUUUCUUGAUUUUUAUUUUACUGACACAAUCGAAUGAGAGCGCUUGUGUUUUGUUUUAGUCACAACUGUGAGGCAAUUUAGUAACGAUCGCAAGUCUGUUUAAGGAGCCAAGUCGGUCGCAUUUUUUCAUAGAGCACUCUUUUUACUGGGUAAUUUAGUGUUAACAACUGAGUUAAAAACGUAAAUUAGCCACCGUAAAGGGUAAAGAAGCAGACGUUUCGAGCGUUAGCCCUUCGUCAAUCGCUCUUACGAAGGGCUAACGCUCGAAACGUCAGCUUUUUUACCCUCUAAGGUGGCUAAUUUACGUUUUCAACUCAGUUUUUGACACUAAAUUGCCUGCUAUACUCUCCCACCGACGCAGCACCACAGUUUCUUUAGAAACUUACCCCCUUUACUCUUUUUACUGUUUAAUUUUGCGAGGAGUACUUGAACGCAUAUUUAGAGUUUUCGAUUUGAACCGCACAUAGAUAUUUACAUUUUCUCUAAUGAAGAAAAGAUCUUACCUUCUUUUCAGCGGCUGCGACCCCCGUUUCGGGCUUUGUUUAUGAAAUGAAACAGAAAAUGUUUAGAGAGGAAAGGUGUCCUGAUCUUCAGCCGUCUACCAUACGCGAGUAACAACCUAGUCUGAACAAGUAUAUUCUGAGAGUGACUCUCUUGAAGUACUGGUGUCUCGCUUACCUACAGUAACUCUCCAACAUUGCUCUUAAGUUACUAGUUCAGGUUUAUGCGUGUCGUUCAAGAGUUGUUUUUGUUGGAACAAGCCCAUUUGCUCCUUCUUUAAUGUUCUUCUUCUAUUUCAACAGGACAAAACUCACCCCGUGAUCCCAUUUGCUGUGAUGAGUGGCUUUGCUUGUGCCUCUGGGUGCUUGUGUGGUCUUCUUCCGGAGACCCUUGGACGGCGGACCUUGGAGACAUUAGAAGACAUAUCCCAUGCAUCUCCUUUACACGAUGAACUGCGUGACAGCGAUCAGAGUGAAGAGUAUCUAACUUCGUCGGUGUAAACCUUCAGUGUCUGGAACACAAUGACUUUGCCUCCUGCUGUGACUUAAUCGUUCAAUGUAAAAAAAUUUCAAAAGAAGCUCAUACUGAAUUGUUCAGCAGGGCUUACAUUGAAGAAAUGUAAAAUAGUUUCCGUGUUUACAUAGCCUGAUGUAAACACGCGGGAGGUUGGGAGAACACGAGAUAAGCGUAGGAAACCACGACGCGAAGCGGAGUGGUUUCCAGCUUAUCGAGAAACCAUUUUACAUUUCUUUUAUAAAAUAACUAAUGAAAGAGGAACGAAAUAUUCUGCAAAACUUGUAUACGCUUGUUUACAUACGCACAUGUAAAAUGGUUUUAUGGCCAAUCAGAGCGCGCGUACUAUUUGAAUUAUUUCAUAAAACGUUUUUUUAAACCAUGACCUUGAAAAUGGCCAUUUUUUAAGAGCAUCUAUUCACGAGAAGAAAGCAUUAAACUAACAACUAAAUGGGAAAAUGGAC